CGUCCAAUAAGGUUUGCUGAGAAUUAGGGAGCAGCAUGUUUAGCGGAAGAUUUAUUUCAUCGUUUUCUGUUUUAAUACCAACUGCUUCCUCGAAUUCUAAUGUUGCAAGAAGAAAAUCAUGGCUUCUUUUGGUACAAUUCAACAACUAUGCUAGCAGCGUCAAAAACAAAAGUCAAACAGGAAGUAGACGUUGCUGGAAGUGCAACAGUGAGAUAAGAUCAGGGGUAGAGUUCUUCUGCCCCUCUUGCAAUAUCAUUCAAAUGCCACCGAGGAAGGUGACUUAUUUUGAGCUAAUGGGGAGUCCCACAUCAUUUGACAUUGAUACCAGGCAGCUGACCCAACGUUAUAAAGAAUUACAAUGGAAACUACACCCUGAUAAAUUUAGUGAUCUAUCCAAGAAAGAGCAAAGCUUAUCUGAGGAACAAUCAUCUUUGGUAAAUGAAGCUUACCAAACUCUUCUAAAGCCACUUACUAGAGGGCUUUAUCUGUUAAAUUUAAAUGGAAUACCUAUAACAGAAGAUGAAGCCAGUUCUACUGACACAAAAUUCUUGGCUCUAGUAAUGGACAAAUAUGAAGAAAUUUCAUCAAGUGAGAAAAAGUUAAAGGAAAUCAAAAAAGAAAAUAAUGGCGACCUGGAAAAGUCUGUUAAAAAGGUUUCAAAGGCUUUUGAGAGAGGAGACCUAGAGACAGCAAGGAAGGAGGUGGUGAAGCUUAAAUAUUUCUCUAAAAUUGAUGAGUUUAUUAAAGACAGAGAAGGCUGGGAUUGAUACGACAAACAGAAAGAAAUACCGAACAAGAACAGGCAGCUUGCCAAAAAGGAAAUUCAAACUGCAAACUGAAGAGAGACACUACAAAGGAGAUUACUCUUGUAGAGUUGCUGUUCUCUAACGCAGUUUAUCAUCUAAAACUUUCCAAAGAGUGGAGAGGAGACAAGAGUGAGGAUUCUCUCUGCGCUAGUUUUUUGAUCGAAGUCAAACGGCUCAGGCAUGAAAUUUAUUUUAUAAAAGAAGUUCAAAUAUGAGGAUAAAGAUCCAAAAGAAACGUCAGUACUUUUGUGAUCUAAGUUGUUGUUAAGACUAUGCAAAAACCACUACUAAAAAUCUCCCAUACAAUUCCACACAAUAGAUAAACUGAAAGAGCAUUUUGUAGUAUGCUGUUGGUAUAAAUCACUCAAAUGUCGUUUAUCUUAACUACGGAGACGUUGAAAGGGAAUAUUGGAUAGCCUUAUUUCCUUGUUAUUUUAUCAUAGUACUUGAGUUAUUAAAGAAGAGAGGUCGAAA